UACUCGACCGGAAGUCGAGCGCGGGCAGCGGCCUGUAGUCAGGAAUCUUCCCACGUGUUCGUCGCGUUCGUCGGUCGAUUCGACGUUCGGUGAAAUUUUAGUUUCGAAUUUAAUCGUAAAUUCGAACAUGACGUACAAGCGCAAAAAAUAUCACAGAGGCGACACACACUUGAAGAAAGGCUGGAGAACGAAACGAAGAAAGAAGGACCUGGACGAGAUCGAUGAGGAUUUGAAGGAAGAGAACGCGAAGAAGUUGUUGAAUCAGGAAUUGGACUUCGACAGGGCAGGAGCGGCUCAGUUUUACUGCGUGCACUGCGCGAGAUAUUUCAUAAGCGACGUUGCACUGAAGAGUCACUUCCUCAGCAAACCCCACAAGCGACGACUGAAGGCGCUCGAAUUAGAACCUUACACCAUCGAGGAUUCGGAAAGGGCCGCGGGCAAGGGAAAUUACGUUGCGCCGAAAAAGCGGAAGAUCGAAACCGUGACGCGGGAGAGUUUCGCGGAAAAAGAUAACGAACAGCGCGACGUGGAAUUGGAUGCUAAAGUGAUGAAAGUCGAUGACUCGAGCUAAUUUUACUUUAAGUAACCG